CCCAAAAGACCAUAUUGAUAUAACGUCAAAAAGACGCUUCAUCCAUCAUCUUCAUCGCGAUGUCUUCUGAUUCGGAAGAUUUCAAUGAGGAGCCGCCUUCUUCGAUCAACCCGUACGAGGUUCUCGGCUUAGAAACUACUGCAACGGCUGCGGAAGUCAAGACUGCCUAUCGUAAACAGGCAUUGAAACACCAUCCAGAUAAGGCUCAGACUGAAUCCAAGGAUGAGGCGCACAAGAAAUUCCAGGAGAUUGCAUUCGCAUAUGCCAUAUUAUCCGACGAGCGCCGCCGGAAACGCUAUGACACAACUGGUCGCACGGAAGAGACGCUUGAUCUCGAAGACGAUGACUUCAACUGGAGUGAUUUCUAUCGCGAGCAAUGGGCAGAUGUGGUGACUGGCGAGUCUCUGGAGAAGUUCAAAAAAGAGUACAAAAAUUCAGAUGAAGAGGCUCGUGAUCUCUUGGCAAGUUACGAGGAGCAUGAAGGAGACAUGAAUGCAAUCUUUGAAAAUGUCAUGCUGAGCAAUCCUAUCGAAGACGAAGACCGCUUUCGCAACAUUAUUGACAAGGCGAUCGAGGAUGGCAAGGUUCGAGCAUACAAAUCCUACACGCACGAGACCAAGGCGAGCCGGAAGAGAAGAUUGGGAGAAGCAAAGAAAGAAGAAGCUGAGGCACUCGAGUUGGCCAAGGAGCUCGGUGUUGACGAUAAGCUGUUUGGCGGAGGCAAGCCCAAAAGGAAGUCGGGCAAAAAGGGGAAAGAGGCCGAUGAAGAGGCUCUAGCAUUAAUAAUCCAGCAGCGACAAAAGAGCCGGUCGGAUGACUUUCUCGCAAAUCUUGAAGCCAAGUAUGCAGGGAAGGAUAGGACGGGCAAGAAGCGGGCUAAAGAUGAGGAGCCACCAGAGGAGAUGUUUGAGCAAAACGCUCGUCGACCGAAGAAGAGCAAAGCAGAGGCGAAGCCGGAGACCUCAAAAAGUGCAGCCAAUGGGUCCCGGCGCUCUGGCCGUUUGCGAAAAUAAUAUUUGGCUUUUGCUUUUGCGUAGAUUUGGGUUAUGCAAUUUUUGAGCGACAGCAGCAAGAUGGCGUUAGGGUGUUUGCGAAGAACAGCAUACUGGCAUUCAAGGUUCCUCACCAGGACGGGGCUUUUCUUCUUGUUAUGGCUUCAAUAGAAGAAACGGAAUCAGAGUCUCCAGUAUGAGGAAUUACAUGUAUCUAGAUCAUUUCUGGGACCAAUAAUCGGGCUUGCGUGUCUUGAAGGGAGGUAGAUGGACAUUGGUCUUUUUAUGUCAACGGGUUGGAAGCGGGGAAUUUGCUGCCCCUGCAUGAAAUGAGCAGAGCCACUCAUCGUAAAAGGUACAUGAUUAGUACAGUAUAACUACCUAAGGUAAUCUUCUUGUCUGUAGAGCAUCAUCUCUGCAGAGACGUUGUAAAGCCCUGCAAAGU